UUACAACAUCUUAAAAUCUGAAUUAAGAUAUUCAUCAAAAGAAUAAAUGCAUUGUGUAACCAGCCAUCCUGGGGAAAAAAUAAAAUUAGGAUUUGGGUCGUAAGAUUCUUUAUUUCGGUGCCUUUCCACUGCGAAACUUAAAAUUAAACUUAUGAUUAAUAGACAAAUUUUAAUUGAGUUUUACUCUCGAGACGAAUGUUUACAAAAAUUAAUUAUUCACACAGGGUAAAAGCCAGUUGACCAGAAUGACAGUCGAUCGAUUGAACGGUUAAGAUGACUUCAGCGAUCACUCACAUAUUAUAGGCAAAUGUGAUAUUGGCCUGUAAUUUUUUUUUCUCUCUUUUUAAAAAUUGGCACCACUUUGAGAACAGGAAAAGUAUUCUGUUUAUUUCAUGUAAGAGGAUGUAUGAGAAUACACUAUUAGAAAUUAUAUAAAACUAUAUUAAAUAUGUUUCGAAGAAAUAAGAGAACACCUAAAUGUGAACUUUAUAAGGAAAAUAUCCUACAUGUAAAAUUAAUGUAUGUUUUAAAUGCUUGUUUUUUCGUAUCGUCAGUGUCCAGGCAAAGUAUUGUAAGCGACAUUUUUUGCAAAAUUGCGAUAUUGGUGUUUCCGGAAUUGUCUAGGUGAGCUGCAUCGACUUAGAAAAAACAUCGUUAGCGCCAAAGGUCACAGAACGUCAUAAUUUAAUUUUUUAAAUUUACAAUCGUAUGCACGUUUAAUAUGUAAAAUAUCGUAAGCCUGUGUCGCUUACAUUUUAUUCGAUAGCGAAUCUCUUUAAACAGUUACUAAAAGAUUCAGCAUAAAUAUUGUAACCGCCCGUCCCUUACGACAUUUUGUUUUUUUAAUCGUUAUGUUUCGCGCCAAAAUUAGGGUAUGAAAUAUCACAACCGCCCAAAAUAUUCAUAUAAAUAAACGUAUCCGCCUGUCGCUUAUGAUAUUUUUGUUUUGUUUGUCAUUAUGUUUUGCGCCAACAUUAGGGUAUGAAAUAUCGCAACCGCCCAAAUAUUUGUAGAAAUAAACGUAUCCGCCAGUCGCUUACGAUAUAUUGGAAAUCGUGGUAUAUCAGACACGUUGGUUCUCGUCGGAUGUUAAAUAAUCGUAACGACCAAACUAAUCAGUUUUUAAACCCUCCUCGUGGAAAGCGGACGUGUUUUUAGUGUGUUUUGUUGUUAUACUGUUAUUUAUUUAUCCUAAAAAUGUCUAGGGGCUUACGGUGUCUGAAUCUCUUCAAGGAAUUUGUGUAUUAAUAUAAAAGUAAAGAAGCUGUUGAAACCCUGAAAUUGCGACUCACAAACGAAGAGUUUUCCGACGGAACAACAAUGUUUCAAAAGACGUUGGCGGUACUCCCACAAACAAAGGGAGACGAAUCUAAAGAUGCUCCAGACCCCAUGACUAUUCUUGACAAUGUUUUUUUUGAGCAAAAUCCAGAAUUAUCCUUUCAACCCAAGCCUGAUCAAGAAAUUAUUGUUAAUAAAUUAGCGGGACAUGAAGCUACGGUACAUUCACAAACAAACGGAGACGAACCUAAAAAUGAUCCAGAAACAAUUAUGACCUACACUAUUCUCGAAAAUGUUAUUGACAGUGUUAUUUCUGAGCAAAAUCCAGAGUUAUCUCUGCAACCCAAAGGUGAUCAAGAAGUUAUUAUCAAUGAACCAUUAGCAGGAGGAGCCGCUGAAACUACCGACCUUGAUAAAGACAACAUCCCUAUUAUUAUUAUACAACCAAAUGGAACAGUUGUUUCUAAUGAGGAAAAUAGUAUUGCCAUGAAUUCAUUCAGUGUUGCGGUAGCUAACCUCAAUAUUACUGGUGUAUCAAACCUUGACUUCCUGAUGAACGAAAGUGUUCUGGAACCAUCUUGCAAUGAAACAAUAAGUGCUAAAAUUAUGACGUUUCCAUUCGAUAAUAAUAGUUUAAGUAUAGAAAGUUAUAAUCCCCAGUCUAAGCAAACAGUGACAACUCUUCAGAACAAUAAAUCCACAGAUGAUAAACAAGAAAUGGCUAUGAAUCUUGACAGAGAAGAUAAUGAUAAAAAUGAAGAAGACAUUAGUUCAGGAGAUCAAAGCAGUGAUCAGGCUAGCACUGGUUUGUCCAAAUAUAAAAUCAAAAAACCAAAUAAAAGGCUAGAAAAAAAGAAACUAAAGAGUUCUGGUGUAAAUAAAGCAGUAAAGCCGAUUCCAUGUGCUGGGAAAAAAUGUCAGAAUAAUUGUAAAUCAGUAAGUGAAACUGACAGAAAGCAAAUAUUUAAUGCCUAUUAUGAACUUGAGACCUAUGAAGAAAAGAAAAGUUGGCUAAUUCAAUGUAUGAAGCAAAAAGAAAUAGGAAGAAAACGUACCAAGAAUAAUAAUUCCAAGCGACAAAGAAACUAUAGAAUAUAACUUAACAGUAUAAGGAGAACAAAAAAGAGUUUGUCAGCAGUUCAUACUAAAAACCCUGGAUGUCAGUCAAAUGUCUUUGCGACAAACCAUAAACAAUAUUUCUAAGACAGGAAUGAUUAAAAAAGACUCGCGAGGUCGCUGUGCACCAAAAAAUAAGACAUCUGAGCAAUCUAUUAAACAUGUCAAUGAUUUUAUUAAUAAAAUACCAGUGGUGCCAUCCCGCUUUCUGAAAUUGAAAAUUUUUCAAAUCUAUACAGAUUGUAUAAGGAAGAUUGUAAAAUGCAAAAAAUGGAUCCAGUGAGCAGAGCAACGUUUUUAAAGAUUUUUAAAGGUUACAAUCUAGGCAUUCAUGUAAAAAAAAAGAUAAAUGCAGUCUUUGUGAAAGGGUCCUAAGUACAGGCGAAAAAAAUGUAGAAGCAGCAGAUUUAGAAAACUAUCUGCGUCAUAGAGAAGAGAUAAAAAAAACAGUCGUGAUAAAUUUAAAAAAGAUCAAGAAAAUUGCGAUCCAAAUUUCAUGUGUGCAUCUUUUGAUCUGCACAAGGUGUUAACUACGCCACACGGAAACAGUAUACUUUUAUAUUAUGCUCGUAAAUUAGCUGUUUACAAUUUCACGGUAUAUGAAAGUAUAACAAAAAACGGUUUUUGUUUCCUGUAGAAUGAGACUUUGGGAAAAAAAGGUUCAAACGAAGUUUGCACUGCCCUACAAAAAUACCUUGAACUUUUGGAUCAACGUAUUUCUCCUGAAAUAUCCGAACGUUCCGCGAUAAUUGCAGUGGACAAAAUAAAAACAAACAAGUUUUGGCAAUGAUUAACACAUUUCUUAAAAUAUCUAUUCACAUAAAAAAAUCACAUUAAACUAUCUAAUUGCCGGCCAUACAUACAUGCCUGUUGAUUCUAUGCAUUCCACUAUAGAAUCAUUUAUAUAAAAAAAAAUCAAUUAUGCACCUUCAAUGUGGAAAUCUGCUAUAAGUCUUGCAAGGCACACACCCGGACCAUAUUUCGUCAAUUUAUUGAACUAUGACAAUUUUCUGAACUAUUCAACCAUUGCAAAAGGGGUUUCUAAUUUUUCCCAGUAUGUUGAAGACACAGAAACUACUGAACAACCUGAAUCAAUUUUAAAGAAAAAACGAACUAAAACUAGAAGCAAAAAACCUAAAUUAGUCAAAGGUAAGCCCCUUCAAAUUUCCAAAAUUCGGGUAGUAAAAAUAGAAGCAGUAAAUCCAAAAUACAUGACAGUUCAGUAUAUAGUUAUUUGCAAGGGUUAGCCAAUAAAAAGCACUUUACUAUUAAAAAUGAAAGAAAGCCCCUUAAUAAAUGCUACACUUCCCUACUGCCGAUAUCGGCGGCUAAAUACAAAGAUCUCAGCAAAAUAUGUUUGCAGUCAGCUAUUCCAAAGGACUAUCACACCGAAUUCAUUAGUCUGCCACAUUCGCAGGACAUUAUAGACGUAUUACCGGACGCAGAUGAAGAGGACGAAGGCGUUUAAUUUAUUAUUAUUUUUUGAAAUGUUUUGUUUAAUGUUGCUGCUGUUACUGUCGUUUUUUUUUUAAAUAAAGAUACCAUGACUGUAAUAAAACCUAAUUAUUUUAAUUUGGUGCUUACGAUAUUAUAAAAAUAAUUCGCAAGUUAUUUUGAUACAAGCAACAUUAAAAAUAUCCUAAGCUCCAUGGAAUUCCCAAAACGCAU